AAUACAAACGCUCGUUCUCUGUCCUAUUUAGAGUACAAUCGACGCGACAACUUUAGGAGAGGCACAUGGAAUGCUGUCAGAUUUACUGGCCGACUCGAACCUUCCCGCUAAUGUCGCCAGCACUUUGAAAGCCAUCAGCACCAUGAUUGCGCAGCCUACAUUCAGCAGUUUCGCACGUGGGGUGAAUUCUAUGAGCCCAUUGGUCGAGAGCCGAUUUGUCCCGGAUGAGAAAAUAUGUGAACAGCCGGACAUGCGGGACGACGGUUGGGUAAGUUGAGCUCUGUUUAUAUCUGGAGUGAUGUUAUUGUUUCUACAAUUUCUUAUGAGAAAGAUGAAUUAAUAAAUUACUCAUUAUAACUAAUGCUUCAUUCAGCGUUCGAGACCACAUCACAAUCGGCGAAUGUCGAACUUAUUCACGACGACGACAUCGGCGACCGGAAUGCCGACGGUGGAACGAGACGGUGGCGUGUCCAUCCCGAACAACAUCGGCCACACAAUCCCAGGUUCACCCAGAUCCGGCUCUCCCACCUUCCUACCUUCCUCCAAACUUUUACGACAGGUGAGAAUGACUGCCAAGAAUGACUGCCGUCAAUUUCCGGCCGAGGACUUUAGUUUAGUUUAGGUUUCUUCCUGUAGCAACACUGGAUCAAUAAGAGAUGAUCCUUACUGGACUUCUAGGAAGAACAAUUUAGAACUGAUAGAGCUAUCCAGUAUAAAUAAAGUUAGUUUAGUUUAGGUUUCCUCCUGUAGUAAUAAUACUGGAUCAAUAAGAGAUGGUCCUUACUGGACCUCUAGGGAGAACAGUUUAGAACUGAUAGAGCUACCCAGUAUAAAUAAAGUUAGUUUAGUUUAGCUUUCCUCCUGUAGUAACACUGGAUCAAUAAGAGAUGGUCCUUACUGGACCUCUAGGAAGAGCAGUUUAGAACUGAUAGAGCUAUCCAGUAUAAAUAAAGUUAGUUUAGUUUAGGUUUCCUCCUGUAGUAACACUGGACCAAUAAGAGAUGAUCCUUACUGGACCUCUAGGAAGAACAAUUUAGAACUGAUAGAACUAUCCAGUAUAAAUAAAGUUAGUUUAGUUUAAGGCUAUGUGCACACGGGCGUCGUUUUCGAGCGUUUUCAAAAACGUUUUUGUCCCUUUAAUCGCUUUGAUGCCCUGUUCACGUGGUUCAAAGGAAAAUAUCUCCAAUAUAUUAAAUAAACUACAGCUUCAGUCGUAAAUUAAUAGUUUUCGCAUCCGUUUUAGCGUGAAAACGCAAAUGAAAACGCUCGAAAACGUUACCGUGUGCACGUAGUCUAGGUUUCCUCCUGUAGCAACACUGGAUCAAUAAGAGAUGAUCCUUACUGGACUUUUAGGAAGAACAGUUUAGAACUGAUAGAGCUAUCCAGUAUAAAUAAAAUUAGUUUAGUUUAGAAGUAACACUGCCGGUAUCAAUAAGAGAUUAGACAGAUUUAGAUCGAGGACGUCAAAGACGACGUGAAUGAAAAUGGCGUGGCAUAUCCAUACAUGGCCACAACACGCCAUUUUUACGUCGUCUUUGACGUCCGCGUCCUCGAUUUAAAUUUGCCUAUUAUCUUUAUUGGACCUCUAGGGAGAACAGUUUAGAACUGAUAGAGCUAUCCAGUAUAAAUAAAGUUAGUUUAGUUUAAGAAUUUAUGUUUGUCAAUUUAGGCAAAAUCACUUCCUCACAAUAUGCCUCAUCUACAAGACAACGCCAAACCAAACGAAGCCCGCUCCUCUUCGCCCGUACUUCGUAAAAUACCAUCGGAAAACGGCGCUUUUACGGCCGUCAACGAAGAAAAACCGAAGUUAGAGGAAAGCUGUAAAAAUUGCGGAUGCUCGGAAACUCACGUCACGACUUCGGAGGACAGCGAAACCUGUGAAUCUUCGAACGAAUUAACAUUUCCCGCGAUGUCGUUUUAUGGCAAGCGGAAACCUACGGUCGAUGAAAUUCUGGAGAAAUCGAAAAAUAUUAAACAAAGCGAAGAAGUCGAAAAAUUGUAUGACAAAAUUGAUAGCUGGAAUUUCCCCAUAUUUGAUGUCUGGGAAAACGGGAAUGUUUUGCGUGGGGUAGGUUUUGUUCUCUUUUCACGGCCACCGUGGGCACUUAGGAAUAUUUGGGUGGCUUGGUGUGUGGGUGGAUGGAUCGGUGGCUUGCAGGGUCUUAGCUAGGAUUUUAGAUCUUGGGCGUGUUUCUAAUGACCAGGGUGUGCACAUGUCAAUUACCUUGAAUAGCCAAAUCAUGGCUCUGGUUAUGCUUGCCAACAAACAAUGCCUGUGGUUGUUCUAUGCUUUGCAACCAAAUACAAGGCGAGCAUACGCUCAUAUUGCGCACUGACAUUAAAAUAUUAAGUUAUUUCAGCAACUAUUGAGGGCAUAAAACACCAUACAUUUUUAAACACCAUACAGUUCCCAUUAUCCAUCAAAACAUUAAAACAUCACGGAUCACUUUUGCCAAUUCAACAACAACAGUAGACUCUACAAACUUUCUUAACGUAAAUCAGUAGGAAGAAAUUCUGUCUGUUGUAAGUAGCACCACCUUAUUUUAUGAACCUAUACAAGGUCUUAUAUAAAUAGUGAAGUCGGGCAUGCAGUCACCAUUUUAAUGUCUUGUCUAGGUUGCAUUCAAGAUAUUUAAAAAGUCCGGUUUCUUUGAGAAGUUUCGAAUACGUGAACAAGUGUUCCUGAACUACUUCACCGCGCUAGACGCCGGAUACAACGAUAUACCAUGUAAGUGUGUGAUUUAUACAAGACACAGAUGACCCAUCUUCGCAAAUUUGAGCCAAGAAACUUUAAAAGAAAAGUCGUCAAGUUUAGAUUAGUGUCAGAUUAAUAUUAGAUUAGGGUUAGAUUAAGAUUAGAUUAGGGUUAGAAUAAGAUCAGAUUAGGGUCAGAGGUUAGAAGUUAGGGUUAGCAUUAGAGUUUUCCCUAGAUAGAUGAUUAUCUAUUUGUGCACUUAUGACAAUUGAUGCUAUUCAUCUAUUCAUCCCGGAGACUGUGCUGUAAAAAUAUGCAUUUUGCCGUCGAAAGUAGUUAAGAGUUUUAUACGAUUCGCCCCAGGCGUGAUUUGUUUCCCUGGACAAUAACCAGUAUAGAUUUUAUAGCUGUAACAGCUUGUCUAUUCUGCCCUGUUUGUAAUACCCUAUUCUAUCUCGUUCCCAGACCACAACAGUGCCCACGCGGCGGACGUGUUACAUGGCGUAUAUUACUUCACAACACAACGUAUCGCGGGCUUUUGCCCCUUCGAUUCCAGCGAUCGUAACAGCGAUUCUGAUUCGGUAAGCGGCGACCAAUCAGACGAGGCGACAGAAUGCGUGGAGCAAUAUGAUAGGUUGACAAGCUGUAUCCCUGAUCUAGAAAGGUUUGCGCUGUAUUCAGCGGCGGCAAUGCACGACUACGACCAUCCUGGGCGGACAAAUGCGUUUGUGGUUGCUACAUUGGAACCUCAGGUAGGUUCUGCAUGCAGGUUGUAUCAUUUUAUAAACCCUGGUAGUCCAGUACCUUGGCAGAACGCCUGAAAUGUUAUAUACUGUACUGAAUAGCUCUAUCAGUUCUAAACUGUUCUUCCUAGAGAUCCAGUAAGGGCCUUCUCUUAUUGAUCCAGUGUUACUACAGCAGGAAACCUAAACCUAACUAACUUUAUUUAUACUGGAUAGCUCUAUCAGUUCUAAACUGUUUUUUCUAGAGAUCCAGUAAGGAUCAUCUCUUAUUGAUCCAGCGUCACUACAAGAGGAAACCUAACCUAAACUAACCUUAUUUAUACUGGAUAGCUCUAUCAGUUCUAAACUGGUCUUCCUAGAGAUCCAGUAAGGGCCUUCUCUUAUUGAUCCAGUAUUACUACAGGAGGAAACCUAAACUAUUUAUUUUUUUUUUAUUUUUUAUUUAAAAUGCUUUGCCAUUACAAACAAUACGAAUUUACGAUACUGACAAUACAUACACUAAUACAUGGCUGGGUUAUCAUCACAGCUCCGUAGGAUAAUAUCCACGGGAGCCAAUUACGAUGAGCCCUGAACUAAACUAACUUUAUUUUUACUGGAUAGUUCUAUCAGUUCAAAACUGUUCUUCCUAGAGGUCCAGUAAGGAUCAUCUCUUAUUUAUACUGGAUAGCUCUAUCAGUUCUAAACCGUUCUCCCUAGAGGUCCAGUAAGGAUAAUCUCUUAUUGAUCCAGUGUUACUACAGGAGGACAACCUGAACUAACUUUGUUUUUCCUAGAUAGCUCUAAUAGGUUUUUUUCGCUGGCCUCGGAGUGACAAAACGUAACAAAGCAACGGUUUUACUAACACUAGCCCUAUUCCAAACACCAACUCUAAUCCUAACCUAACCCUACUCCAAGUUUGUUUCUAAACCAAUCUUGAAGAUAAAAAUUUUGACGAAAUGUCAUUCUGAGGUCAGCGAAAUAACUUCUUCCUGACAACUCGCAUCCCCUUGUUUAAUUCUGGCUUCAUUGUUUUACCAGGCUCUGCUGUACAACGAUCGCUCAGUACUUGAGAAUCAUCAUGCCGCUCAAGCAUUCUCUCUCUUGCUCUCUAAUCCUGAGUAUAAUUACGUCGAGUCCCUCACGACUGCAGACUUCAAGAGGUUCAGAUUUCUGGUUAUUGAGGCUGUGCUGGCCACAGAUCUCAAACGUCAUUUUGACGUCCUGCAAGAAUUCACUGCCAAGGUACGUGUUCCUACGUCUUUUACUUUUCGUUUACACACUGAAAAAUUCUUCCAGUAAGAAUCAUUUCUUAUUGAUCCAGUGUUACUACAGGAGGAAACCUAAACUAAGCUAACUUUAUUUGUACUGGACAGAUUUAUCAGUUCUAAACUGUUCUUCCUAGAGAUCCAGUAAGAAUCAUUUCUUAUUGAUCCAGUGUUACUACAGGAGGAAACCUAAACUAAGCUAACUUUAUUUAUACUGGAUAGCUCUAACAGUUCUAAAUAUUCUUCCUAGAGGUUCAGGAAUUCCAUUCAUUUACUUAAACCAUAGUAGACACUAGACUGGAGUGUUGAAACGUUAGCGAUUACAUUCAUUUAGCGAAACAUGUCUGAUAUUGUACGUGGUUGGCGCGACCUUAUAUAUUAAAGCGUGAACGAUGUCUUUCAGGUCGACAGUGGUGCAGGUAUAGACUGGUCUUUGGAAGCUGAUCGCUUGCUCGCCUCGCAAGUCUGUAUAAAGAUGGCAGACAUUUCUGGACCAACGAAACAGAAAGAUAUACAUCAACGAUGGACGGAGAGAAUUGUCGAAGAAUUUUAUGAACAGGUUUGUAUGAAUCACAAUAGACUUGAUAGAUUAACCAGUACAGUGGUAGGGCUCGUAUGUCCGAGCCAUUAUUAUAUCAGGGCCUAUAUUGCAUUUCUCGCGUGCAACUGCUUCAAGUUUGGUCAAUUUAGGUUCUGGUUAAUGUUUUGGGGUUGUUUUGAGGGUUGUUUUGGAGAUUGUUUUGGGUUUGUUUUGAGGUUGUUUUGGAUUUGUUUUGGGGUUGUUUUGAGGUUGUUUUGGUGUUGUUUUGAGGAUUGUUUUGGAGUUUGUUUUGGGGUUGUUUUGGAUUUGUUUUGAGAUUCUUUUGGGGUUGUUUUGGAUUGGUUUUGGGUUUGUUUUGAGGUUCUUUUGGGGUUGUUUUGGGGUUUGUUUUGACUUUGUUUUGGGGUUGUUUUGGGGUUGUUUUAAGUUUGUUUUGGGUUUGUGUUGGGUUUGUUUUGGGGGUUGUUUUGAGGUUGUUUAAAUAUUAAAUAUUUUGUAAAGUAGCUAUGAAUGAAAUCUUCUGUUGUUCACCCAACGUCAAUGACAACAAUUUGAACAAAGAAGUGAUACAAAAAACAAGCACUGUAGUUUGUAAAUUUAAGCAAAAAAAAAAACGAACAGACGCUGUAGUUUGUAAUUUAAGGUACAGCGGGUGGAAUUGCCUCGGCCUUUUUUUGGCGAGGCAAACCAUGAAAAAUCGUAACUUGCCUCGGCAAUUGCGUCGGCAAUUGCCGAGUGCUGAGGCGAAUUUCGAGGGUUGCGGUUAGUUUGAAAUUACCAUCUACAAAUGCCUUCGACAUUAUUAUAUAUUUCUUUCUGAUCCAGGGCGAGGACGAGCUAAACAAAGGCCUCCCAGUUUCGCCAUAUAUGGAUCGCAAAGUACCGUUAAUCGCUCAACUUCAGGAAACUUUCAUCAAGCACUUAGUCGCACCGCUGUUCAGAUCCUAUCGUAGCGCGGGCCUGCUACCUGGUGUCUGGGUGACGUCAUCCGAGUAUGACGUCACUAACGAUAGCGAUAACGACAGCUCUACGAAAGAUGACGAAAGCACAGAGCACUCCGAUUCUGGUGUCGGCCAUCACCGAAGCUAUCCCGGCAAGAAACGACUGGGUAAAAAGAAAAAGCGAAGGUAGGACCAUAGAAAUAAUAGACUGCGCGUACUUGACACGAAUCUUGUCUCAACUUUUUCUUAUGUGUGCCCAGGGUGCGAUAAUUCGCGUACUUACGUACCGGAGGUACGCCAAUAUUACUCUCUGGUACUUCUUUGUUUUUAGCCACGUACCACGUAAGUACGCGGAACUCUUGCUAUCUGCGUACUUACUUUUUGCUAGUACCACAUGACCUUUCCAAGUGCAAGGUAUUCAAUACCGUAAUUUAGUUGGUAUAUCAUGUGUCUGAGAUGUCUUGGCAUGAAACAUGAUUGCACUGAUGGCACUAAGAAACGUUGGAGUCGGUUGUUUGAAAUAGCAAAACUCCGUUUUUAAAUAGCAAAACUCCCUUUUCAAAUAGCAGAACACCCUUUUCAAAUAGCAAAACUCCCUUUUCAAAUAGCAAAACUCCCUUUUCAAAUAGCAAAACUCCCUUUUCAAAUAGCAAAACUCCCUUUUCAAAUAGCAAAACUCCCUUUUCAAAUAGCAAAACACCCUUUUCAAAUAGCAAAACUCCGUUUGCUAUCUCGUAGUCUGAACAUACUUUUCAGAAACCUGUACUUUAUGAACCUUAUUUUUAAAGCUAAGUACACAUUGAGUACUGAGUUUGUUCUAGCGCAAGUACGCGGCAACAACCAUUGGCGUACCAGUCAGGUACGACUAGAAAUCUUGAAUGAUCGCACCCUGGUGCCCUUAUAAAUCCGCCAUGUUGAGUAUGACUAGGAGUGAGAAUUACAAAGCAUAAACAAAGCUAAGACUGACGCCUGUAUUCUAAAAGCUCUCACACUCAAUGAGUGGAAGUUCAAUCUGAGCUUCUCUUGAGUGUCAAUGCUGUUUUUGAACAGCUGGAGGGUGAGUAAUCGCAUAGAAAGGUACGACACUAACCCUCCAGCUAUUCAAAAACAGCAAUGACACUCAAGAGAAGCUCAGAUUGAACUUCCACUCAUUGAGAGUGUGUGUGAGUGGGCUUUUAGAAUACAGGCGUAAGUUUUCAUCGUCGAAACGUUUUGUCUUACUGUCUAAUUUGCAGUUUGAAGAUAGAUUUUGAAAUAUUAAGUUCUUUGAAGGCAGAAAAGAAAAAUUAAUGUAAAUGCUGCUGCAUCAGUUGUGCAUUUACAAAAACUAACUAGUUCCAUAUUUAAGACAGUUGAAACGUACGGUUUCCCCUCAGCGUUUCUCGUGUAAACUGGAAGUCUGGAAAAUUAUUCCACAGUUGAGUGGCAAUGAAAACAUAUCCUCUUUUCAAACAUAGAAAACGAAGGCGAGCCUCGAAGGAAAUUCAUUGUGAAAUUAUGGAGAAUAUCGAGAGUAAUUACCAAAUGUGGAGCAGGCGAAUCAAGGAAAUGGAGCUGGAGAAACAGGCUUGUAGUAAGGGAAAAGCGAAGGACAACCCCCCUGAAAGUGGGGGAAUCACAGAGGAAGACGAUUCUUCACAGGGGGGUGCGGCUGACACAAGAGAAACCGAGGUAUGAAUGUCGUUAUUGUUCUAAUAUUGUGCGAUGAACGUUGUGUGUGUGUUUGAAGGAAUUUUGAUGUAUAAACCACGAAUAGUCAAAGAUAAAAUGCUUCUAUUUAUUUAUAUUUCUUUGCUAUUCUCACAUGAAACUUUCGUGUUUGCUAAGAACAUUUGGGGUAGUUCCUCGGGUAGAGGAGAAGUGAUCACGUGAUCGGCUAGUUGUGUUGUUUGUGGCGUCAGAUAUAACCAAAUCCCUAUCUCUAAGCCUAAUCCUUACCCUAACCCUCACCCUAACCCUAACCCUUACCCUAACCCUUACCCUAACCUCAAAACUAAUCGCUAUAACUAACUGAUGACGUAGUCUGUGAUGCAAAUUCUUCUACCCGAGGAUGUACCCAACAUUUGACAUGCUUUGAUCCGAUCAGUCAGUCAUGUUUAUUAAAUAACCUGACGCUGAUUGCCUGAGCAGAUUGAAACUUUCAAAUGUUUUCUUGUGAGAAUAGGCAAUGUUUUCAUCUCGGACUGUUUAUUCGACGACGCUGUUGUGUCAUAGUUGGGUUUUAUUGAAGUGUUUUCUAUGGUGCUUGGCAGUUAACAUCAAUUGUAAGGAUGCUUAUCAGAGUGAUAAAAUGAUGCUAAAUGUUUUCAAUACAUGAAUUCAGGGUUGCCGAGAGGGGAAGGGGCUGCCCUGGGCCCCCAACUCAAUAGGUGCCCCAAAGGCCCUUAAAAAUUCCUGAUCCAAGACUGCUUUACCGAUGCCGGAUAAUAUGCAGUAACACGUAACGUAUUCCAAAGCACAUCCUCUUCUGUUCAACAAUUAUGACGUCAUAGGAGCCCUUGAAAGAUUCAAUGACGUCAUGCCCCGGUAACCUCUCGGUGGCCCUGCACGUGUUUACGACAAGAUGAAUACAUCUCGUGAAACGAUUUAGUCACUCUGAUAACUGUCUUUACUUUUAGAGUUGACCAGUUUGUUCUGUACUGUCGAGUGGUGGUCAACCAGCAGUCAUCAGAGUGAGAAAAUGAUCUGCAUUCUUUCCAUCACAUGUACUUACACCUAUAUAUUUUAAUUACAAUGUUUUAAGCCUCGUUUACACUAUCAAAGUUUCGGUGAUCAUAGUAGGAAUUUUGCUUAGGCCAAAAAAAAAAUAUGUGGGUUUCCGGUUUCCCGACCCUACCUAGCUUUUGGACGUCGAAAUCCCGACCCUAAACUUUUUUAUUGGAUCAUGCUUGUAAGUGUUUCCACUUAGAGGAAAAAGUUUGUGGAAAAUUGAAAUUUGAGGCAAUAUUACGGAAAUUUAUCUUUGGAUGUGGAAGCACUGACUAAACAAAAUGGCGUCCGCUUGUUCGGAAAAUUAAAAAAAAAAGUUAAAACCGACCUACCCUACCUAAGUUUUUAUAAGAAGAAACCGGAAACCCACAUAUUUUUUUUUUGGCCUUAGGGAAAUUGUAAGUUUUGAAGGAUUUUGUAGGAAAUGUUUGAGGAAACUCAGUUAGUGUUAACACAUGAUCAAAACUUAUUCCUUGCACCUUAGCUGUGCUCUGUGGUCAGACCGCCUGGUGUACACUAGCAAAGUUUCUGUGAUCACAGUAGGAAUUUUGCUUAGUAGGGAAAUUGUAAGUUUUGAAGGAUUUUAACGGAACCGACUCAUUGCCAAACACCGAGUUCCCUCAAACAUUUCUUUCAAAUCCUUCAAAACGAAUUUACCGAUGCAAAAUUCCUACUGUUAACACUGAAACUUUGGUAGUGAACUUUAAAACUUUGAUAGUUACGCUUUAAAUCGAAGUCAAAAUACGAAAUUUCGACAAACUCCUUGCAGACCGCGCAGAGAAAAUCAAUAGAAAAGGACUGAAACUGACGUCCAAUAGCUCUGUCUUUGGCUUCACUUUUUGGACUCGAGUUUCUCGCUCCAGAUAUAUAUAUGGAGCUCACUGGCUACGACACAAAGACUGUUUUCUCAUUCUGACAACUGCGAGUUGACCGCUGUAUGCUGCCUCGCUUGCUGGAACCAAGACAAUUUGGCGAAGUGGAUUUAUUUAGAUUACCUUACGAAGUAUACAAGUGUGCACGUGUGUGUGUGUGUGUAAAAUAUAUAUAUUUCUGAGAGAGAUGUGGCACAAUACCACCCUACCCCAUAUAGAUUAUAUAUUGACCUUGUACAUUACUGGGUGGUACCGCUGACAAAUUAUAAUAUAGGCUCGGAUUAGUCUCUGUACAUUAAAUUGUAUUUUAACGAUGGAGAUUUUGUGGCGAUUUUUUCAUCAUCACCAUGAUCAUCAUCACCAUCAUGAUCAUCAUCAUCAUCACCAUCAUCAUCAUCAUCAUCGCCAUCGCCAUCAUCAUCAUCAUCAUCACCA